AGAAGUUGAGAUUGUGAAUUUAUUUAUUUAUGUUGUGAAUUUAUAUUUUUGGGUUAAAGUAUGCUUGAAGUCAAAAUGCUUCAAAAGAAGCAUCAAAAUUAGGCCUAAAAUGUGGAAGAUUGGAUUUUUAUGACAUAAAAAGAACUUGCGGUUUUAAACCGCUAAUUCACGGUAACCGACCACUUUUUGCGGUUUACCUGUUUGCGGUUUCAAAAAUCACCAUACCGCAAAUAGUUGGUCGGUUUGCGGUUUGGGCAAAAAUUCGCGAUAACCAAACCGCAACCACCCCUAGUCUCAAUAAUUUGAGAAAUUCAACUUAACUUGACCAAAAAUUGCGAUAAUUUGAGGGAUUCAACAAAAAAAAUAAGGAUUUAAAAACUGUGAGGUCAACUGCUAUUAUAUUGCCCUAAGAUAAAAAUGAAAAAAAAAAAUCGAUUUUCCAGAUCUUGGUCAUGAUGAAGCAUUCCCUUCCCUUACUUUAAAGUUAAUAAUGUACCCAAAAAAAAAAAAACAAACAGUGUGUGGACUUAUUAACUUCAGUAAAACAGUUACACCUAUGGGAAAUUACCGACUCUCACACUGCUCAAUUCCCCCUAAAGGAAAAGAAAAUGUUAAACUAUUGUCUUCAUAUUUAGGCCAUGCCAGCCAUUUUGUUUGACAUUAUAUAGUGCCAAAUAAGAAUCAAAAUCAUCAAUUGUUAUUUUAACCACUCUUGUCUCAAUUAAUUGAUAAGAACAAUAAACUAGUUGGCACCAGACUAACAGAACAGCCUCCAAAAUCCAGACAAAACAAAUCUAGUAUUGCAUAAGGUCUAUCGACGCUUUGGUAUAACUGAGAGAUUAGCGAGCAUUACCAAGUCUUGGUUUUUUAAUUCCAAAUGUGCCGCAGUUUAGACUCUUAUGCCCAGCCUCAUUUGGCAGCCCCUUAAUCAACCAAGUCACAACAAGCAUACUUUCACAACCUUGAAUCGCCAUCAUCGGUACAAAAAAUGCCGGCAAAUGUUCCUUCAAACCCCACAUUUCACCUCCAUCUCUUGCUGUCUACUAUAUAUAGGAGCUCAAAUGGUAGACUAACACAAGGCACUUGCACUUUGAGGUUCUUCUUCAUCAAAAGAUGGAGAACAAAAAGUUUUUAGCUUUCCAGAUAAUAUAUCUUCUUGGCUUAAGUUUCAUGUUGUAUUUAUCAAUAGCAGUUGCCAAUGAAGAGGCAGUGCUGGAACCGCUAGCUGAGACAAAUGAGGAGCAGAAUAACAUGCAAACUUAUAUUGUUUGGGUGAAGAAGCCAGUCCAGAAAUACUUUUUCUCAAAAUCUCAUGAAGAUUUAGAGAGUUGGUAUCACACAUUUUUGCCCACAACUAUAGCAAGCUCAAACCAGUUGAAGAAGCCACGAAUGGUUCACGCAUACCGCAACGUGGCCACUGGGUUUGCAGCAAAAUUGACGCCAGAGGAAGUAAAGGCAAUGGAAAAUAAAGAAGGGUUUUUGUCCGCUCAUCCAGAGCAAAUUCUGCCUUUGCAUACUACUCAUAGUCCUAACUUCCUGGGGCUGCACCAAGGAUUGGGAGUUUGGAAGGGAUCAAACUAUGGUGAAGGUGUGAUCAUUGGAGUUCUGGAUACUGGGAUAUCACCUGAUCAUCCUUCAUUUAGUGAUGAAGGAGUAGCCCCUCCUCCAGCUAAAUGGAAAGGCAAGUGCGACUUCAAUGGAACAGUUUGCAAUAAUAAGCUUAUUGGUGCAAGAAAUUUCCAAGGUGGCCAAACCACGGGAGGCCCUCCAGUUGACGAUGAAGGUCAUGGCACCCACACAUCCAGCACAGCUGCAGGAAAUUUUGUGAAAGGUGCCAAUGUGUUUGGAAUGGCCAAUGGCACAGCGUCUGGCAUGGCACCUUAUGCUCACCUGGCAAUUUACAAGGUCUGUUCUGAGGAGGGUUGUGCUGAAGGUGACAUCUUAGCUGCUCUUGAUACUGCUGUGGAAGAUGGUGUGGACGUGCUCUCCCUCUCACUCGGAGGUGCCUCAGUUCCUUUUUAUGCUGAUGGGAUUGCAAUUGGUGCAUUUGGAGCAAUACAAAAGGGAAUUUUUGUCAGUUGUUCAGCCGGAAAUUCGGGUCCUUUCUAUGCUUCUUUAGCAAAUGAGGCACCCUGGAUUCUCACAGUUGGAGCAAGCACCAUUGACAGAAGCAUAAAAGCGACAGCAUUGCUUGGAAAUGGAGCAGAAUAUGAUGGUGAAUCAUUAUUCCAGCCAAAAGAUUUUAGUUCAAAAUUAUUACCUCUUGUUUAUGCAGGCGCAAAUGGAAAACAAUCAUCAGCAUUCUGUGAUGCUGGAUCACUUGGAAACGUUGAAGGGGCAAUAGUGUUGUGUGAGAGAGGUGGAGGAGUAGCAAGAAUUGACAAAGGGGCAGAAGUGAAAAGAGCUGGUGGAGCUGCCAUGAUUCUCGUGAAUGCAGAGACUGAUGGUGAUAGCACCUUAGCUGACCCUCAUGUACUUCCCGCAACACACGUGGGUUAUGUUGCAGGUGUUAAAAUCAAAGCCUAUCUGAAUUCCACCUCAAGUCCUGCAGCCACAAUCUUGUUCAAAGGAACUGUCAUUGGAGACGGACUUGCUCCCAAGAUUACUUCCUUUUCAUCAAGAGGACCAAGCAUUGCAAGCACAGGAAUUUUGAAACCUGACAUCAUUGGUCCCGGUGUUAGCAUCCUAGCAGCAUGGCCUGUUUCGGUGGACAACGGCACAGAAGGUAAGGCAACAUUUAACAUGGUUUCAGGCACCUCAAUGUCCUGCCCCCACCUAAGCGGCAUUGCAGCCUUGCUCAAGAGUUCCCACCCAGACUGGUCACCAGCUGCGAUCAAGUCUGCAAUCAUGACGACUGCUGAAGUACAUAACCUUGAAGGAAAGCCCAUUGUAGACGAAACACUUAAGCCAGCAGACAUCUUUGCCACUGGUGCAGGCCAUGUUAACCCUUCAAAAGCAAAUGACCCUGGGCUCAUCUAUGACACAAAACCAGAGGAUUACAUUCCUUACUUGUGUGGUUUGAAUUACACAGACGAACAGAUACAGGUCAUCACCCAACAAAGAGUGAACUGCUCUCAAGUAGAAGCCAUACCAGAAGCACAGCUAAACUAUCCUUCAUUCUCCAUUAUAGUAGGGUCGUCCGAAGACUCUAAAUCUCAGUAUUAUACAAGGACCGUCAAGAAUGUUGGCCCGGCUAAUUCAACUUACAACUUGGAUCUUUUUGUGCCACGGAACAUGGGCAUGAGUGUGAACCCUGAGGUGCUUAAAUUCACAGAGGUUAACCAGGAGAUUACAUUCGAAGCGGAGUUUUUCGCAGAAGACAGUGCUGGGAAGGAUGGUGUACCAUUUGCUCAGGGAUAUUUGAGAUGGGUUUCUGAUCAGCAUUCUGUUACUAGCCCAAUAUCUGUUAUCUUUGCCAGCAAGUGAAAUUAAAAUAGGAUCCCAGUAGAAGUUGUCACAAGCUUGCAGAGAAUAACAGAAACAACUCAAGCCCAAAAUAAGUGCAACUCCAGUGGUGUAAUUGAAUUGAAGUCCUAGAAGAUUUGAUAUUUUUCUUGGAAGCCCUCCAAACCAAUGUCUCCUCUGCUUGUGCAGCAUUGUGA